UGCCCAAGCUUCCUUCCAUUUCAAUCUGCGCAUUCCAUUCCCCCCAUCGCUGGCAUAUGAUACCUCAGCCAACGGUCAUAUAUUGACACGAAUCAUCGUCCAUCGCUACUGCUGCCGCCAUGGCGUCAGGACACGCCGCUCCCUCGCAAACCCUGCACCCGCCAAACCCUAGAGCUCCCGACGCUCCGUCGCUCGACUUCCAGGGCGUGACGGCGGCGAUCGCGGCGUUGGCGGGCGCCGUGCGCGCGCUCCCCGAGGAGGACGACUUCCACUUCUACUGCAACUUCGCCGCCUUCCGCGCGCGCGUCUCCGCGCUCCGCCACCGCGUGCGCGCGCUGCUCUCCCGCCUCGGCCCGCCGGCGCCGCCCGCCGCGUGGGCUUCCGCCGCAGGGGGAAGCGGAAACGUGGGCGGCGGCGAUGAUGACGAUGCUGACGUGGACGACACGUAUGAUUGGCUGGUCGACGUGCUGGAUAACCGGCUGGAGAAGGUCGACGUGGCACUAGACGAGAUGCGGAAAAAGCGGAAGAAGGCGCAGCCGGAUUGGCAGGGCCUGGAGGAGGAAGAGGCGGAGCAGCGGCGGGAAGCGCUCCUGCGGGAGGCGGGCGCGUUCGGCUCCGGCCUCGCGGACGCCGCCUUUUCCGCGCCCAAGGCGGGCGGAAAGCAGCAAGCAGGCGGAAGCGGCGGAGGAAGCCUGCCAGCCGCGGAGAUCGCCACGUCAGCUGCCAGCUGGCGGCGGAGCCUGCGCGGAAAAAGCCGGCCGCAGGACGCGUUCGAGCCGUCUGUGGACAACUCCGACGCGCCUUUCUCGCUGCCGCGCCUCGAGUUUAUUGAGAAGAUUAGGCGAGAGGCGGAAGCGGAAAGCGCGGGGGAGGAGAGUGCGGAGGAGGAGGGGGCCGAGGGAGGACGGGCUGGGGGGGAGUUGGAAGAAGGGGAGGAGGUGGCGGAAGGGGACGGGGGGGAGGAGGGGUUGAAGGAGAAGGCGGAGAAGGGUAGGGAGGAAGCGGAGAAGAUGGGCGGAAGGGGAACGGGGAGGGGCAGGGGGCCUCCGCGGCUGAAGUGGAGGGCGCUUAAGGAGCGCCAUCCCCUAUGGCAUCGGCUUCGGCACAUCACCUACCAGCCGUGGCAGCUCCGCCAUCCGAACCUCCCACCGCGAGCCACCUCUGCCGAACCAACCCCAGGCGCGGCAACAGCACCACCACCAGCCACGGACCUAGUAUCCCUACCGCCUCUGCCGCCCUCCUUAGAAGACACCCCCUUCGCAUAUGUAGAAACUAAGGAGCAGCUGGCGGCUAUGGCGGAGGAGAUUAAAGCGGAGCGGGAGGUGGCGGUGGACCUGGAGAACCACAACUACCGGUCGUUCCAGGGGUUCCUGUGCCUGCUGCAGCUGUCCACGCGCUCCAAGGACUACAUUGUGGAUACCAUCGGCCUCAGGACGGAGAUUGGGCCCCUUCUGGGACCCAUGUUUGCUGAUCCUGGCGUGGUUAAGGUGAUGCACGGUGCGGACAGCGACGUGGUGUGGCUGCAGAGGGACUUUGGCAUUUUCAUUGCGAAUCUCUUCGACACGGGGCAGGCCGCCCGCGUGCUGGACAUGGAGCGCUUCGGCCUGGCCUAUCUGCUCAAGCGGUACUGCGGGGUGACGGCCAACAAGAGCCUGCAGAUGGCGGACUGGCGGCUCCGCCCGCUGCCGGCCGACAUGGUGAAAUACGCCCGCGAGGACACCCACUACCUGCUGUUCCUGCAUGACUGCUUGAGGCUCGAGCUGGCUGCUGCUUCUGCGGGCUCGCGUGACUGCUUGAGGCUGGAGCUGGCUGCUGGUUUUGAGAAGGACAAGACGCAAGAGGGUGGUGGGUCGGAUAAGACAGAAGAGCCCACUGGGGUGGAGAAGACAGAAGAGCCCACUGGGAUGGAGAAGACAGAAGAGCCGAGUGGCGGAGGAGAGGGGAAGGAAGAGGGGGAAGAGGAGGAGGAAGGGGAGGUGCAUGAUGAUGAUGAGGAGGAGGAGGAGGGGGAGGAACAGGCGGGAGGAGAGGACGGAGGAGGAGGAGGGAAGGGGAGAAGUUAUGGCGAGCCGUGCCCUGCCAUCCUUGAGGUCCUCACGCGCAGCCGGGACGUGUGUCUGCUGCUAUACGCCAAGCCGCAGCGUGCCUUCCACUCCUUCCUCCGGAAUAACAGGCUGAGCACGGAAGGAUUCAGCGACGAGCAGAUGGCUGUUCUCUCUGCGUUGUACAAGUGGCGCGAUCAGACAGGUCGGGAGUGUGACGAGGGGCUCGGAUACGUGAUGCCCAACCACCUGCUGCUCAAAGUCGCUCGUGACAUGCCCACCACCGAACGUGCUCUCCGAACCUGCCUCCGAGGUUCGGCUCCUCUGGUGGCUCGGAACGCUGCCACCAUAAUCCGGAUGAUCAGCCAGAUAAAAGAUUCUGCUGACCUGGCAACUUCCACCCUGGAAUCGCCAGCUGUCGUCGCUGCGCGCCAUGCUGCCACGUCAGCCAAUGACCCCUUUGCUGCCGGCGCUCCUGCUGCUGCGGCUGCGGCUGCUGCUGUUGCUGCUGCUGCUGCUCGUGCUGCAGCUGGUGCUGCUGGUGUGGGUGCGGCUGCUGCUGGUGCGGGUGCUAGCACCGCUCUUGGCUCUGCUGUAUCCGCUGCUGCACCGGCUGUAGCAGCGGCUGUAGCAAAGGUGAAGGUGAAGAAGGCAGCAGCGAGGUCUGGAUUUGGAGCACUGCUGGGGCAGAAACGACCAGCAGCAGCGGAUAAGCCCAAGGCUAAAGCACAGAAGACGGAUGCCGCUGCUGCAAAAGAAGAUCUGGCGGCACGGGUUCGGGCAGCCAUGGGAAUUGUGCCGCAGCCAAUGUGGGGGAGUGCUUCAGGGGCAGGCGAAAAACAUGGGACUGAUGAGGGUGGGGAGGGAGACACGGUGUUUCCUGAAGGAAGGGGUGGGGGAGGAGAAGGGGGGAGUGAGGACGGAGGAGAGGGAGGAGAGGGGGUGGUCGGGGGUGGAGGGGAAGAAGGGGCAAAGCAGCAGAAGCAGCAGCGGCCGGCCAAGUCUCCGGCUCACUUGGCUGCUGCGGUGGCAGCGGCGGCAGUAGCAGCACGGGCAGCAAAGAAAGCAGAGGGGAGGGUGGAGGGACAGGCGGGUGGUGGGGAUGGAGACGGAACGAGUGUGGGUCUGCCUGCUCCGCUCAGUGCUGCCUUUGAGCCCGAGGAGGGCAGGAGAGCCAAGAGGAAGGACAGGCGCAAACUGAGGAAGGCUGCUGCUGGCGUUGAUGCUGUUUCUGCUGCUGCUGAAGGUGCUGCUGGUGUUGGUGUUGGUGUUGGUGCUGGUGCUGGUGCUGGUGCUGGUGCUGGUGCUGGUGUUGGUGUUGGUGAUGAUGGGAGUGUUGAUGGUGAGGGGAAUGCACCCACUCAGCCAGCACAGUCACAGCAGCAACCCAAGCAGACCCGGGGAGGCGAGAAGGGCAAGGACGUGGUAGCUGAUGCGUUUCAGAGAGCAGCAGAGGGGGAGGAAAAGCGCAAGAAAAAGAAGAGGAAGACCAAGGGUGGGCUGUGGGGUUCGGACUCCGAGGAGGAGGGAGAGGAGGAGGGGCUCCGGAUGGUGCAUGACAGCGAAGAUGAUGAUGAUGACGAGUCCGAUAAUGAUGGCAUUUUUGGUAGUAAUGAUGAUGAUAAUGAUGAUGGUCAGCAUCUGAAGGAUCCGGAAGGAUUCACUCGUCUUGAGGUCUAUGAUUUCUCUGCCGAACGGGAGGAGUUUGGCCUCGACGCACAGCACGUGGCGGCAAGUGAGGUGCUGGCUCUGGGCCCAUCUGCGGACAAAAAGAAAUGGAACAAACGCGGCGCUCCAAAAUUCGCAGUCCCGCUGCCCGUGGUUGCUGCUGCUGCCGCUAGGGACGCUGGAAAAGGGGGUGGUGGUGAAGGGGGAGGAAGUAAGAGUGCGGUGUUUGACCCGUUGCCACCGAUAGCUGCCGGUGCAGCUAAGAGGGGGUUGGUUUAUGAUGCGCCCAGGGGUGGGAAGAGGAGGCAAGUGUUCCCUUCAUCUGGAAAUAGGAGCGCCACAUUCAUGGAUUAAUUGUGUGGUGGUGAAUUGUGAUGUCUUCAUUGAAAGGACGAGUGAAAUGGGUCGUACGGAUAAUGGACCUGAUGUUUGCAAGAUAUGCACGCAUGAAAGGUUGGAGAACAGUU